AUGCAGCUCAAAAAGUUAGAGCCCACCGAAACGCUGCAAAGGAGAGACGACCAAUUCAACAAACAUCAACAUAUCAACGUGUACACCGCUGCAGUUGUCUUCUUUAUCACCCUUAGUUCCGCCGCUUAUGGAUAUGCGGGCUCUGUCAUUGCGACAACCCUUACACAGCCGUCUUUCGUCGCACACUUCAAAUUAGACACGGCUCCAAAUGCCGAGGCCAUCACAGGUGCCAUGAAUGCACUGUUCUACACUGGCGGCGUGUUUGGCAGUUUUUUCGCAGGUUGGAGCAGUAAUCAAUUUGGACGUAAAUUCUCAGCGGGAUUCGGAAAUGCUCUUCUCAUCUUUUCUGGUGCCCUGAUGACCGCGUCUGUCAACCCGACCAUGUUCAUUGCAUUUCGCUUUUUCAGUGGUUUUGGUGCGAUGGUCAUCCUCUCCAGUGUCCCCAUUUGGGUCGCUGAGCUAGCUCCUCCUCGCCUCCGAGGCCUCCUCACCGACAUACAUGCCGUGAUGAUGAUGGUCGGUUAUACAGUUGCUUGCUACGUCGGUCUGGGAUUUUACUUUGUUUCAGGUGACAACCAAUGGCGGGGGCCCAUCGCACUUCAAAUGGCACUGCCGGUCAUUAUCCUAUGCGGCUUAUAUUGGUUGCCGGAGUCGCCACGAUAUUUGUUGUCCAAGGAUCGCACUGAAGAGGCCCGUAAAAUCAUUAUGCGCAUGCAUUCUAGCCCCGAUGAUCCGGAGCAAGAAUUUGCGCGACGAGAAUUCUUCCAGAUGAAGAAGCAGAUCAGACUUGAUGCAGAAUUUGCUACUUCAUACUGGACCCUGUUCAAGAAAUCCUCUAUGCGGAAGAGAUUGGCGAUGACUGUUUUCCUUGAGUUUGCGCUCAUGAGCUCGGGUGUCUUGGUCAUUCUGAAUUACGGCUCCAUCAUCUGGAAAUCCCUCGGUUUCGACACGGUUCAAAUUCUCAACUUCCAGUGCGGCUUCCAAUUAGCCGGCUUCGUCUUCAACGUCGUCGCCAUGACAUUUGUCGACCGCGUACGCCGUAACUGGCUGAUUGCCGGUGGUCUACUGGGCUGUGCCGCUCUAGUGGGCACUCUCACAGCACUACAAAGUUUCUACCUCGGGACUGACAACCGUCCCGGACUAAGCGCAUGCGUCGCAAUCAUUUUCCUCUUCCAAGCCACCUUCUCACUUUUCCUUGACGGGCCUACAUACUUCUACAUUGCCGAAAUCUGGCCUUCGCAUGUCCGAUCCCAAGGAUUUGCUAUUGCGAUGGCUGUUCUUUCGGCUACCAACUUGAUGUGGCUACAGGCUACACCUUCCGCCAUGAGUAGUAUUUCGUGGCGCUGGUAUUUAGUUUUUACGUGCAUUCCAGGUGUUGCGGGGGUCGUUGUUAUGUUUUGGUUUAAGGAUACGAAGAAUAAACCGCUUGAGGAGAUUGCCGCCAUAUUUGGUGAUGAAGAUAUGGUUGCCGUUUAUCAGCGUGAGUUGAACGUUGAUACGCUGGAUGAGGGUGAUGGAAAUGAUAGCAAGGACAUGUCGGGUCCGUCAGUUGAGAUGGUUGAGAACGUUUAA